AUGAAAGUUGCUCGAUUAAUUCCAUGUCCUCAAGCUGAUUUAUUAAAUAUAAUACUUCGUCUUUUACUUAAUCUAUCAUUUGAUCGUGAUAUUCGUGCACAAAUUAUUCGUAUUGGUUUAUUACCAAAAUUAGUCGAUUUAAUUGAUGAUGAAAAUCAACGUUUGAUUUGUUUAUGUUUAUUAUAUCAUUUAAGUAUGGACGAUCGAACAAAAGGUUAUUUCACAUAUACAAAAUGCAAUCAACAAUUAAUGAAAAUGAUUAUUGAUUGUAAAGAAGAACGUCUUGAACCAGAAGUUAUUGCAUUAGCAAUAAAUUUAGCAUUGAAUCCUGGUUGUGCUGAACAAUUAUGUGACUAUAAACAUGGAAAAGGUCUGAAAUUACUUAUGAAAAGAGCUUAUAAAUAUAAAGAUUCAUUAAUUAUGAAAAUGAUACGAAAUAUUUCAUCACAUGCUUCACCUGAUAUUAAAAGUCAAUUUAUUUCAUAUGUUGGUCCCUUAGGUGAAACAUUAGUUACAGAAAAAGAUGAAGUAUUUCUUACAGAAGUUGUUGGUACAUUAGCUAAUUUAACAAUACCUGAUAUUGAUUAUCAAGCUUUAAUGGAUGAAUAUGGUCUUGUUGAAUGGAUUAAAUCAAAAUUAAAACCAAAUUCAGCUGAUGUUGAAUUAACAUUAAAUGUUGUUGUACUUGUUGGUACACUUUGUGCUGAUGAUGCAUGUGCUGAAGUCCUUGCAAAAAGUGAUAUUAUUCAAAUUCUUAUUGAACUUUUACAUGCUCAACAAGAAGAUGAUGAAAUUGUUUUACAAAUAUGUUAUGUAUUCUAUCAACUUUGUUUUCAUAAAUCAACUCGAAAUGUAAUUAUUAAAAAGACAGAGGCACCGGCUUAUUUAAUUGAUCUUAUGCAAGAUAAAAAUAAAGAAGUACGACGUGUUUGUGAUAUGACACUGGAAAUAAUAAGUGAAUGUGAUCCCGAUUGGGCAAGUCGUAUUAAACUUGCUCGUUUUCGUAAUCAUAAUCAAACAUGGCUUGAAACAAUUGAAGGACAACAAGUUUCAUAUGAAGAUGAUGAACCAACACCAAUAAAUAAUACAGGACCUUAUGGUUUUGAUCCAAUGGCAUUUGGAGAUCAAGAUGAUUAUCUUGAUCAAUUUGGUUAUAAUGAUGCAGAUGAAUUUCCAUUAGAUGGUCGAGAAUCACCAGAUAUGAAUCAUUGGAAUUCAAUUAAUAGUGGUGGUGAGAUGGAUAUUGAUAGUAAACCGUUUCUCAAAUCUGAACCGACUAAUACUAAUAAUCGAAAUACUAAUCGUUCAGGAACUAAUAAUACCAUUAUGAAAAGACGUGGUGUUUAUGAAUAA